UGCAGAUCACCCUGCCUCCCACCAUGAAUGUGACAGACCCUGAUGGCAUCGUGUUCAGUGCAUCACACAUGAACAUGCACUGGGGUGGUGGCUUCUCUGAGCUCAGGGGCUCUGAGCACACCAUCGAUGGGGUCAGGAGUGCCCUAGAGAUUCAAAUUGUUCACUUCAACUCUAAGUACAGGACCUAUGAGGAAGCCAAGAGUCAAGCCAAUGGGUUGUCUGUGCUGGCGAUCUUAAUUGAGGUUGAUGAGUUUGCAGAAAACACCUACUACACCCCCAUCACUUCCCAGUUGAUCAACAUCCAGUAUCCAGGACAAACCACGACUCUGACAAACAUUAAAAUUCAAGACCUGUUUCCCAGAAACACGGGCCAGUAUUACACCUACAAUGGCUCACUGACCACUCCUCCCUGCACAGAGAAUGUCAAGUGGUUCCUGUUUCGAGACACAGUCAAGCUCUCUAAGGCCCAGGUAACACUUGUCAAAGCGUCCCUUUGGCUGUCUGGCUG